GUGGUGACAUCUCAUGAAAUUUGACGAAAGUAACAUUAAGGAAAAAUCUAUUUGUGAUCGUUAUUUCUUGUUAACCGUUGUAAGGAGAAUAAUAGUUUUAGUAAAUGUUAUAAAUACAUAUAUUUGUAAAUUUGUAUAAUAAGUAUUGUUUUAUUAUACGUAGUAAACGUAAUAAUUCUCUAUUGUUCUACGUAGUAAUAUAACCUCAUUGUUAUCAGCAACAUUUAUAUCAUUUUCUAUAACCAUUAAAAAAACAUAACAUAACAAGUAUUCAAAAUGUUAGACAAGGAUGAUGUAGAUAAUGAAAAAAUCAGAAAACACAAGGAACGUCUGAAACUAGCUUCCAAAUUAGAUGACGACUUGAAUGAAUUUAUUGAUUCAUUAGAAAAGAAAACUUACACCGAAGGAUGGACAGAAGAAACAAUGUUGAAGGAUCUGGACAGUCAUCCGUUCUUCAUGAAGAAAUUACCAGAUAGCGAUGAACCAUUGCAUCCUCUUGUGGAAGGUUUGCAACAACUUAAAUAUUCAGAGGAGGAAAAUACACCUGAAGAAUUAGCUCUGAGCUAUAAAGAAGACGGAAACUUCCAUUUCAAACAUAAGAAAUAUCGUAUGUCUAUUAUAAGUUAUACGUUAGGUCUCAGGACCAAAUGCAACGAUCCCAAAUUAUCGGCAGCACUUUACAAUAACAGAGCUGCAGCUCAUUAUAUGCUUAAGAAUUACCGGUGUAGUUUAAAUGACAGUAAACAAGCGAUAAAAUUGCAAUCAAAUUAUGUUAAAUCCUUGGAAAGAGCCGCGCAUUGUUGCUUACAAAUUAAAGAUUUUGAUCAGUGUGAUGAACUAUGCGAUAGCAUCCUAGAAAUGUGUCCGACUAAUAAAGAGAUACUGAAAUUAAAAACCAACGUUUUAUUUGGACGAAGCGAGAUGGAGAACAAAGCGAGAAAGGAUAAAGCAAAGGAGAUUAAACUUGCUCGAGAAGAAGAAAAAUUAUUAUCAGUUAUCAAGGAUAAAGGUAUCAAAUUACAAUUACUGGAUGAUGAUAAAAUUCCUAGAUUGCAAGAUUUGGAACCAACGGUACCUGCAUUGAUGCAAAACAAAGUACAUCUUGAUGGAAAUAACAAACUUGUAUGGCCAGUCAUAUUUUUGUAUCCUGAAUUUCAAGAAACUGAUUUUGUACAAAAUUUUCAUGAAGAUAUUACUAUAAAAGAACAACUGGAAGAAUUAUUUUCUUCUCCGGCAGAAUGGGAUGUUAAUAAUUUGUAUGAGCCUGAUAAUGUAUCCAUAUAUUUUGAAGGAAAGGAUGUAACUUCUUUGAAUAAAGUUAACAUUUCAGAUACACUAGGAAACAUAUUAAAACAUGAACAAUUUUUGGUUCGUUGUGGAACACCAUCUUUCUUGGUAUUUGUAAAAGACAGUAAAGCUGAAGAACGAUNAUCGUUCUUCAGCUUUACUGUCUUUUACAAAUACCAAGAAAGAUGGUGUUCCACAACGAACCAAAAAUCUACGAAAAUUCAAAAAAAAAAAAAAUAUUCGUGUGGUACGAACGAGUGUAAGGCACCUAGAAAGUGCCGAUUAUUUUUUGAAAUCGUGGAAGGGAAUAAUCGAAAAACGGCGAACCAUUACGGAGGUAUUCAAUACGCGAGCUCAUACAGUAACGGUCGUACGGUAACGAGCUUGUAUAACAACAAUUGUUCUUCAACCACCACUUACGGUGGUUUUGUGCACCACCAACAACAACAACAACAACAACAGCAACAGUUGCAACAACAUCAAUAUCAACAACAACAACAACAGAUUCACGAAGAUUAUAGACCAAUUUAUUUUUAUGUCGCUCAGCCGUACACUAUACCGUAUACGUUCGCGAAAAGACCGAGACAGAAUUCAUCUCUUCUUAGAUCGGACAACAGGUCCAAUUAUCGUGUUAAAUUUUCAAAAAAACUUCCCAACGUAGACUUCUCGCAAAAGGUUAAACAGGGUGAAUUUUCGAAGAGUCUCAACCAAGUUCAUUUUGCCGAGGGCCAGGACCAAGGAUUUCCGCAUUUUUAUAAACCUGGCCAGACACCGCGACAUCCAAGAAUGACGUCGAUGUUUCGAAGGGGCACCAUAUUUGCAACAUUCUUUCUUUCAUUACUCGGUGGUGGAUUGGUCUGUGCUGCAUUAGUUACCCAACACUGGGUUGAGGCAAGACCCUGGAGGACACCGAAUCCUCAAGAGAGUGCAGGAAGAGUCCAUUUUGGUUUAUUACAGGGUAAAAAGGAAUUGAAUGUUGCCUAUGGUUGGAGAACUUAUCACGUAUCAGUACCUCAAAUGUUAAGGCAAGAUCCAACAGUGAUGUCCUGGGGACUCUGGAUGGGAACUUUAGUAGCAACUUCAGCUGCAUUGAUAACUGCUGCCUUUGCCGCACUUUUAGCUGUGCUAAAUACGGCAACCUCACCAAGAGCUAAAGCUCUCUCUGUACCUGGAGUUUAUUUUAUAAACAUUUUAGCAUUGAUAAUGUGUAUAACAAGCGUUGGUACAUGGUUAGCACAAUAUUACACUAGGUUGUACGUCAAUGUCUUACCAAAAGAAGACAUCGACAAUAUGUGGACCAGCGAAGGUUCCGCUGAACUUGGUUACUCAUUCUGGCUCGUUGCAAGUGCUGCUGUUGUGCAUCUUAUUAGUAUCGCAUUAGUUGGUUGGGGUUCUGGAAGAGAAAAGGACAACAAUUUGGAACCAAUUCCAGCAUUGGAAGAAAAAACUGCUGCAGCAAUAAUGCUCUAUUAAAAUCAGGUUUCAUUUUCAGUAUUGAAUACUGAAUUAUUUCAAUAUCUUUUGUUUAAAAGGGUAAAUGAAAACAAGAAUGGUGAGAGAUUAUCUAAAAAGCAUUUUCAAAAUUUUAUUGCAAAAGUUCCUAAGAGUUAGGGUGGUAUUUUUCUUGCCACGUGUAACACACACGUUAAAGAGAUUAUUAUAAUCGAAGUAUAAUAAUAAUAAGAAUCAUGCUUUUUUUUUUUUUGUAUUUUUUAAUUAUAUUUCUCCAUGAGGCACAUAAUAAAGCCAAUCUUGCCUGUUUAAUAAAAUUAUUUGUUAAAGAUUUAAAAAAAAAAAAAAAAGAAGAAAAAAAAAGAUUGGUACUUUAGGGAAUGAUUUUUAUACGAGACACACAUGUUAUUAAUCAACAUUGAAUCCUGAUUGACGAAUUUACUGUUAUCAGUAAUCUAAUUAUACUCAUACAAUAAUUUUAAU